UCUGCAAGAGAAUCCAAAAAAGGAACCAAUCAAGCUUCUCCAUCAUUACGGUGGAGGAGAAGAAGCGCUGGUGGCGAUUCUACGUGAUAGUGGCUGUUGCAACCAAGGUUGAAAUAAGUUCAGGUUGCGAUCAGAGUUUUGAUAUCUUUGUUUUGUGGCCACUGCCACAAAAGUUUCAAUUUAUUUAAUUGAAAUUUAUGAUAUCAAGAAUCUGAACGCAACCUUAGUAUGCCUACCAAUGGUAGCAUUGAUAGACCAAACACAAACCUAGUAAUGGUGGCGGUAGACAAAGACAAGAACAGUGGCUAUGCUUUUCGUUGGACAACUAAUAAUAUUGAUAACCCUAUCAUCAUUGCAGUUCAUGUUAAACCCAAAGACAUUCCUCAUCAAGGCGUCAAUGUUUUUCCUCCCGACGAAGAAGAUGUAGCGAAUGUUUUCGAUCCCUUGCGUGAAAUGUGUAACGAUAAUGUGGUAAAGAUGAAAGAAGCCAUAAUCAAUGAUACUGACAUUGCUAGAGGAAUUUUGGAAUACGCAAAGAGGAAUUACGUCCAAAAUAUCGUUGUUGGUGCACCCUCUAGCUACACCAAGAAUGUUCUCUCAAGGUCUCUAAACAUGAGAACCAUAAGCAAAAAAUUUAAAGGCCACGACGAUGUAGCAACAGCAGUAAUAAAAUCAGCUCCUGAUUAUAGUUCUGUCUACGUAAUCGCGAAAGAAAAGAUGGUAGAAAGUCGACCAGCAAUAACGCCGUUGCAAAAUGGAGUUGCAUCUUGUAAAUCAGAAAAUGACCUAAGGUCGAACACAUUUAAAAGAGGAGGAAGCACUAAUAGUAGUAAAUCAGGAAAAUCACCACUACAUGAUAAACUAAAGAGUUCAUUAUCUACUAAUAAAUCAUUGGAGAGUAUUGAGUUAUCGGGUCGUGGCCAAAGAUCAUCUUUUAAUCACACUUCAAGCUUAAAUGAAAAUGAAUCAUCUCGUUUACAUAAAUAUGGGCUAGUGGAUGGGCAGAAAUUAGAGAGGGGUUCAAGCACUGCAUCAAACUCUCAAAUACUAGGAGACAUGGAAGCUGAGAUGAAAGAAUUGAGACUCAAACUUAGGCAAACUAUGGAAAUGUAUAACUCGGCUUGCAAAGAAGCAAUCUUAGCAAAAAAUAAGGCGAACGAGAUUAAUAAAUGGAAACUAGAGGAGCGAACGGUUGAGGAAGUUAUGAUGUCUCGAGAAGCAGCAUUAGCGAUGGCGGAAGUAGAGAAAGCUAAAGCAGUAGCUGCAUUGAAAACAGUAGAUGAAGCUAUGAAAAUGGCUGAAAAAGAAACACAAAAAAGAUUACAUGCAGAGAGAAAGGCUAGGAGAGAAAUAGAAGAGCGAGAUCAAGCACUAAACGUGAUAGCUCGGACAGAUGUUCGAUAUCGACAAUACACCUUAGACGAAAUUGAAAAUGCUACCAAAAAUUUCUCAUUAUCAAUGAAAAUAGGUGAAGGUGGAUAUGGACCUGUGUUUAAAGGUCAACUUGGUCAUACACAUGUUGCUAUCAAGAUUUUGAGACCUGAUGCUCACCAGGGUAGAAAACAGUUCCUACAAGAGGUUGAGGUAUUAUGUAACAUAAGACAUCCAAAUAUGGUUCUCCUCCUUGGUGCUUGUCAAGAUUAUGGAUGCUUGGUAUAUGAAUACAUGGACAAUGGUAGCUUAGAAGAUAGAUUAUUAAGAAAACAUAAUAGCCCUCCCAUUCCAUGGCAAAAACGUUUCGAAAUAUGUUACGAAAUCGCAACUGCGCUUCUUUUCCUUCACCAAACAAAACCAGAAUCCAUUGUUCAUAGAGACCUUAAACCAGCCAACGUUCUCCUAGACAAAAAUUUUGUUAGCAAGAUAAGUGAUGUUGGUUUAUCAAGAUUAGUGCCACCUGGUGUAGCUGAUUCUGUCACACAAUAUCACAUGACUUCAGCAGCCGGAACAUUGUGUUACAUUGAUCCUGAAUAUCAACAAACAGGAAAAUUAACGACGAAAUCGGAUAUUUAUUCUUUAGGGAUCAUGUUUCUACAAAUUAUCACAGCCAGGCCUCCAAUGGGACUUUCUCAUCAUGUUAAAAAGGCUAUUGAAAAUGGGAAUUUUGUCGAUAUGCUUGAUCCUGUUGUUACGGAUUGGCCUGCUGAGGAUGCUUUGGUGUUUGCGAAACUUGCAUUGAGUUGUGCUGAGCUUAGUAAGAAAGAUAGACCUGAUCUUGCAUUAGUAGUGAUUCCGGAGCUUAGUCGAUUCAAAGAUUUGGGAUGUAAGUUACAGAACCAUCAACAGAAUUUGAGCCAUGCGCCGCGUCCUCCUACGUGUCCUCCUUCACGAAGUCCUCCACUUUGAAAGAGAUUAUGUUUUUUCUUAUCAUGUCGAAUGAUUGUGUCUUGAAUACUUGAUUAUUUCACAUUUUGUA